AUGCCACCACCAAAUCUUCUCACGCUCCCCAGGGAGAUUCGCCAGCUGAUUGUCUCGGAGACAUUCGUGACCUCCAUCAGUCCAAACUCGCAAACUUUGGACAAGAACCCCACCCAUGCUUCUGCAUAUGUUUCUGCGCCCCUCAACAGAGUCUGCAGGAUAUUACAAGCAGACAUCGCCGCUAUAGCCCCAAGAUUGCUAGACGCCAUCAGCCCAGGAGGCUCUUCUGAACCGGCGAAGUACGGCCUUGAGAACAAGUUCGACCUCCAAGCUUUGUUCUGGGUGGCGACGUUUUGCAUGCUUCAGAAGAUCGUGGCCUUCACCACCAUUCCGAAUUCUGGGCUUGGUACUGGUGUCCAGAGCGGCUAUCUCUCGUUUGGAGUGGUUGAAAGGCUCCCGGAGAGCCAGGUGGAUGCAUUGGUCCAGUUGCCGAGGGAGGUGUGUAAUGGACUAUAUCCCCGCAAUACUAGCCGUACUGUGGAAGAUGAUGCCCUUGCCAUGGAUUAUUUUAAGCACGUAAAGGAGAAGCGAGAUAGCUUGGAGCAGUUGAAAAGCGAAGAGACCGAGUGUGAGAAUAAAGAGCCGUCAAGGAAGAAGCGGAGGCUGGACAGGCAGAAUUAG